AUGCCCGUAGGACCACGCCAGCAACCUACUGAGGUCAGUAACCAAGCAAGCAAAAGAGGCAAAGACAAGACAAGACAAGACAGGGCGAGAUACCCACUGCGCAAUCUCGAUAAUAAGACGGGACUUGCAUCACCGCAACUUAAACCCCGAGAAGCUCUCCCUACAGCUUCAGCUCCCAACAUCCACGCCGCCGACGCAGCUGUCUCUUGCUUAAUUCUUCUCAAAAGACGGAUCUCACGUUUCACCCUUUCUUCAACACAAUCAUCGAUUUGCGAUACCUUUUACGCAUACACAGCGCCGACCAUGGAGAAUUACCAGAAGCUGGAAAAGAUUGGUGAAGGCACAUACGGUGUCGUGUACAAGGCUCGAGACCUCGCCAAUGGCGGUCGAAUUGUCGCCCUAAAGAAGAUUCGCCUUGAAGCUGAAGAUGAAGGCGUCCCAAGUACCGCCAUUCGCGAAAUUUCCCUCCUCAAGGAAAUGCGAGACCCCAACAUUGUCCGUCUGUUCAAUAUUGUUCACUCAGAUGGUCACAAACUAUAUCUCGUUUUUGAGUUCCUCGACCUCGAUCUCAAGAAGUACAUGGAAUCUCUUCCCGUAAGCGAUGGCGGUCGAGGCAAGGCCUUGCCCGAUGGUACAUCGCCGCACUUGCAACAUCUUGGCCUCGGCGACAUGGUCGUUCGCAAGUUCAUGUACCAGCUUUGUGAUGGUGUCAAGUACUGUCAUUCCCGCCGGGUCCUCCACCGUGAUCUCAAGCCACAGAACCUUCUAAUCGACAAGGAGGGUAACCUCAAACUCGCCGAUUUUGGUCUUGCUCGCGCUUUUGGCGUGCCUCUGCGCACAUACACUCACGAAGUUGUCACUCUUUGGUAUCGAUCCCCUGAAAUUCUACUGGGAGGCCGUCAAUACUCGACUGGCGUGGACAUGUGGUCCGUUGGCUGCAUCUUUGCCGAGAUGUGCACACGCAAGCCUCUUUUCCCCGGUGACUCUGAAAUUGAUGAAAUCUUCAAGAUCUUCCGCACUCUCGGUACACCCUCUGAAGACAUCUGGCCAGGUGUCACAUCUUACCCAGACUUCAAGGCAUCCUUCCCCAAGUGGCAGCGUGACUACAGUAACUCUCUGUGCAGCACUCUUGAUGAACACGGUCUAGAAUUGCUUGAGAUGAUGUUGGUGUAUGACCCAGCAAACCGUAUCUCGGCUAAGGGAGCUUUCAACCACCCCUAUUUUGAGCCGUACCUGGCACAGAAGCAGGCAUCUGCUCAGACGAAUGGCUAUUAUCACUAG